AGCUUCUUCCCGAGGUCGGGGGCGGGACACUUCAAGCGGCGCGGGAAGGCCAUCAACCGUCUGGAGUCCUGGUACGCUCUGUGCUGCGGUCUGGAGGGAGAGGACAGGGACAUCGGCGUACUUUGCUGCGCGAGGCAAGCUUGGAAACAGGCUCUGGGUCAGUUCUGCAUUGAGGAGUACGGCACCAUGACGGCGCACUACGAGUGCUGCAGGAAGUACGGUGACCAACGCUGGACCUGCUUUGACAGCAACCUGUCAAACCCGGACUAUAAUGCCACACCGGACUACAAUGCGCCCGCAAUGCCCUACGAGCCCGGCUUCACCUUUGACCCGAAUGCUUGCUAAAGGUGCUCAGAAAAGGAGAAGCGCUUUCAGCCAACCGGAGUGUUCGAUCCGGCCUGCCGUGCAACUCUAAAACCAAAUCAAGAAUCAAAGGAACGUUCUCUUUUUUUUAAAGCCUCCAAAAAUGUAACUCACAAGUUUGCCAAUCAGCAAUUUUAUUUGAUUUGUUUCAUUUUUUCCAACUCAUUCAACGCACACACCAAUAAAACUAAACAAACAAACAAAAAAACUAUUGCAUGUGGUGAUGAAACUCUUACGAGAAUAAAGUCAUAUUUUUGGGAUUUAAAAAAAAAUAUACAUUUUAAGAUCAAAGUUGAUUCAAAAAUUGUAUAUUAUAUUUAAAUCAAAAGGUGCGUAUUUUAAAGAAAAAAAUAGUAUAUUUUCAAGAAAUGUCAUAUUUUUUUACAUAAAAAGGUGCAUAUUUUUAAGAAGAAAAUUUUGAUAUUUUCAAGAAACGUCAUAUUUUUGAGAAAAAAGUUGUCUUUUUAAAUAAAUACGACUUUAACCUAGGAAAUAUAACUUUGUGGGAGAAUAUAUGACUAUUCUAGGAUACAGUUCAUAGCUCGAAAAUAUAUUAUAUAUAUAUAAAUAAAUAUAUUUUCCCAUAAUACCACAACUUUAAUUUUUAAAUUACACAAUUUUUAAUCUCGGAAAUAUACAACUUCUUUCUCGAACAUAUUACCAAUCUAUUUUCUUAAUGUUAUGACUAUUUCGAAAAUAUUCGACUUUGUUCUGAUAAGAUUCUGACUAUCAUCAAUGUAUUUUUUUUUCAGUGUGCCACGUGUAGUACCUCCUGCCUCAUAUUGUUUAUUGCAUGAGUAUUUCAUAUUUCAUAUUUUUCCACUUAAUUCUUUUUUAAAAUACAGUAGAAGUAAAUGUUUGUGUCGCUGCAAUCCAUAAUAUGUCCACAAGAGGUCCCUGCUGUUUUCAAGGUAAAAGUUGCCUUCGGGACGUGUCUUUUUUAAGGUUGUUUAUAGUUUAUCCCGAAUGGAAAUGUGUACUUGAAAAUAUAAUAAACCAAUAAUUUUCAACUCUGACAUACGAGUUUUUAUUUUGUUUCUUUUCGAAACGUUGACAGAUCAUGAUAUUGAAGCGCAUGUGUACGCACACUUCCCUUGUUUCAGCCUUUCAUUUUCAAAAUAAGAUACGUUUGCGCGCUCCCAUAACUACGACAGACAUGAAUCAAAACAAAGAUUUAUAAAACCAUAUCGAUUUCAGCGUUCAUUAUGUACAUAAGCGCGCAAAAUGUGGUGUCUGGGUGUGUUUGGGCCGCUUUCAAAGUGAUAUUUCUUUCUGAAAUGACUUUGGCCGGAACUUAUGUUCUCACUCCGUCAGUGGACGACCGCCGACUACUUCCGCGUUUGCUUCCUUGUUUACGAAAGCGCAAAGACAUCGGGCGCUUUACGCCGCAAGAUAUGUCGUUUUAUCAACACUAUCUGACCAUUUAUUUAGUUUCCUUUCCAAUUUUAGUUAUUUUUUAGGCUUCGGUGUGUUUAUAAAGAAGUUUGAACAAGUCUCGGAAUGGCCACGGCCGCAACUCCGGAGGAGCCGCAAGGGCUCCAAAGCCACCCUGGACAUUCCACUGAGGCGGGGAAAGAGAUUCCAGGCAUUGGCCCAGCUCCGGUUGUGAAGAAAACCAUUGGCCACCGUGGAGUGAUUCAGACCGGGGAGACAGUCUACAAAAAGACGCCCUCGUGGGCUCUGCAAGGUGCCAUCCAGUUGGGAAUCACGCACACGGUGUGCAGCUUGGCUCAGAAGUCCGAGCGGGACGUGCUGCUGCAGGACUUCGAAGAGGUGGAGAGCAUCUACUUCCCCUGUGAAGGCAGCAGCCACACGCCGGCGCACCACUACGGAGACUUCAGGUUCAAGACGUAUGCGCCCAUUGCGUUCCGCUACUUCAGGGAAAUGUUUUCCAUCCAGCCUGAUGACUACAUGUGUUCUCUGUGUAGCGAGGACCUGAUCGAGCUGUCCAACCCGGGAGCCAGUGGCUCGCUCUUCUACCUCUCCAACGACGACCAGUUCAUCAUGAAGACGUUGCAGCGCAAGGAGGCCGAGUUCCUGCAGAAGCUCCUUCCUGGAUACUUCAUGAACCUGAACCAGAACAAGCGGACCCUGCUACCCAAAUUUUACGGUCUCUACUGCAUCCAGAGAAACGGCACCAACAUCCGCAUCGUCGUCAUGAACAACCUGCUGCCCUCCUCGGUCCAGCUGCACCUCAAGUUCGACCUGAAGGGCUCCACGUACCACCGCCGGGCCUCCUCCAAGGAACGGGCCAAGGCCUUGCCCACCUAUAAGGACCUGGACCUCCUGCAGGACAUGCCGGACGGGAUGCUGCUGGACGCCGAUAUGUACAACGCCUUCUGCAAGACAGUGCAGCGGGACUGUCUGGUGCUACAGAGUUUCAAGAUCAUGGACUACAGCCUCCUGCUCGGGAUUCACAUGGUAGAUCGGGCCGGCGGAGAGACGGCGCAGACGGAGCCGGCAGCGGAGAGGAGGAAGCCUCAGAACCAGAAGGUCCUGUACAACACCCCCAUGGAGGCCAUCCAGGCCGAAGCCAGGGACCCCGGCUCGCCGGGAAGCCGCGACCCCACGGGAGGGAUUCCGGCACGAAACUCCAAAGGCCAGAGACUGCUGGUGUACAUUGGCAUCAUUGACAUUCUGCAGUCUUACAGAUUUGUCAAGAUGCUGGAGCACACGUGGAAAUCUCUGGUUCAAGACGGGGAUGCGGUGUCAGUGCACAGACCAGAUUUCUACGCCGACCGAUUCCAGAAGUUCAUGUGCAACACGGUCUUCAAGAGAGUCCAAUUGAAGACGUCACCAUCCAAGAGGCGCCACAGUACUAUGAGGAAGUCCGACAGUGCCGCAGCACAGCAGGCGGAACAGAGCGGCAACCAAAACCAGAACCAGCAGCCCGUUGUAAAGGAUGAGAAGAGCUCAGACAGCAAAGAGGACGCGGCGCUAGACAAUGGGGUAAAGGAAGCACCUAAAUCCAAUGAGGCAAAUGGAAAGACCUGAUGACAACUCUCAACUGAAACUUAGCCAAAAACAAGGUGUUUUUUUUUUUGGGGUACCAUUUUUACCUCCCGUUUGAUUGCCUUUGGAGUUAUGAUGUCAUAUUGUUACUCAUCUCAGUGGAAUGUUUUGACAUGCAACCAAAGAUGUUUCUCACCUUCAAUUUAGCGUUAUUCAGCGUAAAUUAAGGACUUUGGGAGGUGAAAAGCCACCACGUUCAAUGGAUGGACCAAACCACCAGAAUUGAGUGCCAAGACACAAUCAACGCCAUAACAAAAUGAUCUGUACAUUGAAAAUAAUGUAUGCUGUCUAAUUUCUAUUGUAUUAUUGAUUUCAGUCUGUGUUUACAAUUUUGAUACUCCGGCGAUGUUACACCAUAUACUGUACAAACAGUAACAAUGAGGAUGAGUUAUUUAUGAGUGUUUUACACUACAAUGUUUUAUUUACAGGUUCUGGUGCAAUAAUUGUGAUUUGGGCAGAUUACUAUUUUAUCCUUAAGGAAUGUGCCUUAUGGACCAAAAUCCUGUGUAUUUAUUAGUCUAUUACUGUAUGCCAUUUUUGCUGUCUGUUGAAUUUUCAUCAUACUUUUGUAAAUAAAACUGACUUUUAUGAUA